CCAGAUGAGGACAGCCUGCCCGGAGAUGCCAGCGAUCUCAAGAUGUCCACCUCUCAGAUCAAGAGGAAAAAACGCCGGCACAGGACGGUGUUCACAGCUCACCAGCUUGAGGAGCUGGAGAAGGCUUUCAACGAAGCUCACUACCCCGACGUCUAUGCCCGGGAGAUGUUGGCCGUGAAGACGGAGCUGCCAGAGGACAGGAUACAGGUUUGGUUUCAGAACCGAAGAGCCAAGUGGCGGAAGCGGGAGAAGUGCUGGGGUCGGAGCAGCGUGAUGGCCGAAUACGGCCUCUACGGGGCCAUGGUGAGACACUCCAUCCCUCUGCCCGAGUCCAUCAUCAACUCCGCCAAAAGCGGGCUGGUGGGAUCCUGUGCCCCGUGGCUGCUAGGCAUGCACAAAAAGUCCAUGGAGGUGAGCAGGAAGGCAGAGAGCCAAGAGAAGCUGGCAGAUGGCUGGCGAACGGAGCAGGAGGAGGAGGAACUCAAAGGGAAGCAGGCCAAUUCCCAGAGAGGCUCCGAAAAGCUUGGCCCUGCAAAAGAUUCGGAGGACACAGCCAUCGACCUCUCCAGGACAGCCAAGCACGAGAAGAGGGGUGUACUGAGGCAGUGCAUCAACGGGGACUCCCCCACAGAGCAGAACGACAGGGACCACUGA